AGUUGAAGGGUCGUAUUUUCAUGUUCACACAGUAAACAUGGCGGAGACUGAGCAGCCGUCAGGUUCCUCCCAUGAGGAUGACAAGCCUCCCAAUCCUGUCAGUUUUAACUUCAUGCUGCCAAAGAAGGAGAUCAGCAUGGUGCCUGAUAUGGGCAAAUGGAAAAGAUCACAGGCAUAUGCAGACUACAUGGGAUUCAUUCUGACCCUGAAUGAGGGUGUGAAGGGAAAGAAACUUACAUGUGAAUACCAUGUGUCUGAGACAGUGGAGAAGUUGCUUGCUAUGCUGGCAACAUUAGAUCGCUGGAUCGAUGAGACACCCCCGGUCGACCAGCCUUCUCGCUUCGGCAAUAAAGCUUACCGCACAUGGUUUGCUAAACUGGACCAGGAAGCAGAGGCUCUUGUCACAGCCGUUCUUCCAUCACAGCUUUGUGAUGCUGCUCCAGAGGUUGCCGUCUACCUGAAAGAGGCUGUGGGCAACUCCACCAGGAUCGACUACGGCACAGGUCAUGAGGCGGCAUUUGCUGCGUUCCUCUGCUGUCUUUGUAAGGUGGGAGCUCUGCGCAUUGAGGACCAGCUGGCCAUCGUAUUUAAAGUUUUUGACAAGUAUCUGCGAGUGAUGCGCAAGCUGCAGAAGACGUAUAGGAUGGAGCCGGCAGGGAGUCAGGGUGUGUGGGGUCUUGACGACUUUCAGUUCCUUCCCUUCAUAUGGGGGAGCUCACAACUUUUAGACCACCCAACCCUGGAGCCCAGACACUUUGUGGAGGAGAAGGUUGUAAACGAGUACCACCAAGACUACAUGUUUCUCGAGAGCAUUAAAUUCAUCAAUGAGAUGAAAACGGGCCCUUUUGCUGAACACUCGAAUCAGCUUUGGAACAUCAGCGCUGUUCCUUCUUGGUCCAAAGUCAAUCAAGGUCUCAUACGAAUGUAUAAAGCAGAAUGUCUAGAAAAAUUCCCCGUCAUCCAGCAUUUCAAGUUUGGCAGCCUGCUCUCCAUCCAGCCAGUCAAACCAUGAGAGACAAGAGAAAGAAUUUGCACCUCAGCAGAGAACACACCCAGACUUCAACUUCGAUGAAUCUGCUUCAGUCGCAGUUAACAAACCUAAAUAUGCAUUCUCAUCACCAGAGGUGCUUGGUCCUACUGCUGAAGAUCUACUUUCCUGGAGACUUCAGUCCCAAACCUGCUCUUAUACAUUCAACCCUAAAAGAUUUCAGUGAAUCUGAAGACCGAGAUUAUCAGGUUCAGGAGUAUUUGAGUAGAGUUGAACUAAACUCUGCAGAAAGGUAGAUCUAAACAGCCCUGCUCUUCACAAUCUACUAGUUCUGCAAAUGAAAUCCCACCUCUGAUAUUCCUCUUUAAGUGACGCAGUUUGUCUGUAUGGUUUUAUUUAUCUAUUCCCUGAAAGCAGGAAGUUGAUCUGCUACUUAGACACCUGCAGUGAGCACUCUCAAUGCAGUUAUGCACAUACAUUUUCAUCUGGAUUGACAUUUAUAUUUAUUUGUGUGUAUAUAAAAAAAGCUUGUCAUGAUGAACGGUUGAA